AUGAAGAAAGAUAUCGAAGAAGGAACAAGCGAUAGACCUAUGUCCAGCCAUUUCUUGGUACUGUUUAUAAUCCUUUUCAUCCUUAGAAUAAAUGGAUCUCCUCCAAUUUCCAGUUUAUCUUCUCCAAUUUCCAACGGUUCUUCUCCAAUUUCCAACGGAUCUUCUCCAAUUUCCAGUGGAUCUACUCCAAUUUCCAGUUUAUCUUCUCCAAUUUUCAGUGGGUCUCCUCUAAUUCCCAGUUUAUUUUCUCCAAUUUCCAGUGGAUCACCUCCAAUUUCCAGUUUAUCUUGUCCAAUUUCCAACGGAUCACCUCCAAUUUCCAGUUUGUCUUGUCCAAUUUCCAGUGGAUCUACUCCAAUUUCCAGUUUAUCUUCUCCAAUUUUCAGUGGAUCUCCUCCAAUUCCCAGUUUAUUUUCUCCAAUUUCCAGUGGAUCACCUCCAAUUUCCAGUUUAUCUUCUCCAAUUUCCAACGGAUCUUCUCCAAUUUCCAGUGGAUCUCCUCCAAUUUCCAGUUUAUCUUCUCCAAUUUUCAGUGGGUCUCCUCCAAUGUCCAGUUUAUCUUCUCCAAUUUCCAGAGGAUCUCUUCCAAUGUCCAGUUUAUCUUCUCCAAUUUCCAGUGGAUCUCCUCCAAUUUCCAGUUUAUCUUCUCCAAUUCCCAGUUUAUUUUCUCGAAUUUCAAGUGGAUCACCUCCAAUUUCCAGUUUAUCUUCUCCAAUUUCCAACGGAUCUUCUCCAAUUUCCAGUGGAUCUCCUCCAAUUUCCAGUUUAUCUUCUCCAAUUUCCAACGGAUCUUCUCUAAUUUCCAACGGAUCUUCUCCAAUUUCCAGUGGAUCUACUCCAAUUUCCAGUUUAUCUUCUCCAAUUUUCAGUGGGUCUCCUCCAAUUCCCAGUUUAUUUUCUCCAAUUUCCAGUGGAUCACCUCCAAUUUCCAGUUUAUCUUCUACAAUUUCCAACGGAUCUUCUCCAAUUUCCAACGGAUCUACUCCAAUUUCCAGUGGAUCUACUCCAAUUUCCAGUUUAUCUUCUCCAAUUUCCAGUGGAUCUCCUCCAAUUCCCAGUUUAUUUUCUCCAAUUUCCAGUGGAUCACCUCCAAUUUCCAGUUUAUCUUCUCCAAUUUCCAACGGAUCUUCUCCAAUUUCCAGUGGAUCGCCUCCAAUUUCCAGUUUAUCUUCUCCAAUUUUCAGUGGGUCUCCUCCAAUGUCCAGUUUAUCUUCUCCAAUUUCCAGAGGAUCUCUUCCAAUUUCCAGUUUAUCUUCUCCAAUUUCCAGAGGAUCUCUUCCAAUUUCCAGUUUAUCUUCUCCAAUUUCCAGUGGAUCUCCUCCAAUUUCCAGUUUAUCUUCUCCAAUUCCCAGUUUAUUUUCUCGAAUUUCCAGUGGAUCACCUCCAAUUUCCAGUUUAUCUUCUCCAAUUUCCAGUGGAUCUCCUCCAAUUUCCAGUUUAUCUUCUCCAAUUUCCAGAGGAUCUCUUCCAAUUCUCAGUUUAUCUUCUUCAAUUUCCAGUGGAUUUCCUCCAAUUUCCAGUUUAUCUUCUCCGAUUUCCAGUAGAUCUCCUCCAACUUCCAGUUUAUCUUCUCCUAUUUCCAGUGGAUCUUCUUCGUCAACACUUUCAGGUCUGUAG